AUCUACUAUUAUAUAUACUUAUAUUGAUCAAAGGAAAGAAAGAAAACUUAGAAUAGGUAAUUCAUAAAAGAGAGAGAUAUACUAUGGCAGGUGAGAUGAUGAGGGGAUCAAGGAAGACAAUGAAGGUGAUGGUGGCAAUGGACGACAGCGAAUGCAGCUUCAACGCUCUCAAGUGGGCACUGGACCACUUAUUUGUUACGCCUCCAGAGAUGGGAACAACAGUACUGGCGGAGGAGCCCAACCCGGUGGAGCCUGACAUGCUGGUUCUCGUCCAUGUUCAGCAGCCUUUUCAGCACUAUGGUUUCCCUGCUGGACCAGGUGGAUCUGCGGUAUAUGCAACAACAUCAGUGGUGGAAUCAGUGAGGAAAGCUCAGGAAGAGAAUUCUGCGAUUUUGAUGUCUCGUGCAUUACAAAUGUGCAGAACGAAGCCGAAUGUGAAAGCAGAAACACUGAUUCUGGAGGGAGAACCAAAGGACAAGAUAUGUAACGCUACAGAGCAAAUGCAUAUGGAUCUCCUCGUCGUUGGUAGUCGUGGCCUUGGAACCAUCAAGAGAGCAUUUCUGGGGAGUGUAAGUGACUACUGUGCUCAUCAUGCAAAAUGUCCAAUCCUAAUAGUAAGGCCACCCAAGGAAACUGCUGUUCCGACUACCAUGUGAAGGACUCAUUAUCUUUCUCCAACCAAGAAGUACUGUAAUUGCGUAAAUUAGUAUCUUAAUGAAUAAGCUGGGGUUGAUUUUUUUUUUGUUUGGGUGUGCUUUUUUAUUUAGUAGUUUGUUUUGUAUGUAAAAAUUUCAAAAGCUUUUGUGUGUAAUAAGAGGAACAGCAGUACAUUUAUAUGA